GUGGUGCCAAGAAACGCAGAGCAUUUCUCCAGACUAUGGGCCAGCAAUUGAGAGAGUUUGGGGCAGAAGGAACAAGUCCACAAGACGACAAUCGCAGUACGUUUAGGACUAGCCCAGCGAACAACGCUGGACCACCGUCUAUCAUCGAAAACGCCGCCGGAGUUCAUUCGUCAGUUCGACCUGUUGAUACACCAGAGAGUGAUGCCGCGCCGGGCGAAGAAGAUCAGCUACCCGUGGGCGCGUCCAAGAGUGCAUCGAGGUGGCUGUGGAGACAAGGCGAAGUAAUUGCUCCAACACCUGAAACUAUUGCAUCGCCCAUCGUCUUUGAAGAUCUCCUCGAAUGGAGCCAAGCGUAUUUCGAUCACUGGCAUCCCGCAUUUCCCUUCUUGCACGCUCCUUCACUACUGGAUUACUUUCGCCAAAUUGUACAACGAGGUACACGUGUUGCAACGCUGUCAGCAGCAAAUGAGCUGCAGCACAUCAUACUUCGCUCAGUCAUGUCGAUAUCGAUAUGUGAUCGGCGGCAAAUUGAUACCACGAGGAAGGCUGUACCGACUAAUCUUGUGUUUCAUUCAAUCAACGAUGCUAUCCGGAGUACGCAGCUGAUUUUAACCGAAGAGACUUCGGUCCUGUCACUGCAAGCGCUGGCCAGCAUCCAGCUUUUCUUAAUCACAAUGCACAGAUACAAUGCUGCGUCUCGCCUCGAAGGAUUGUCAGUCCGGAUGGCGUUCCAAUUGGGUUUACAUCGUUGUCCGGUACAACGAUCAGUGCCUGAUAAAGAAGCUGAGUUGAGAAAACGACUCUUUUGGUCUGUACUAUGUAUAGAUCGACAUAUCUGUAUCCGACUAGGGACUCCACUUGGUAUACGUUCGGAUGAGGCUAAUGUAUGCUAUCCACAUACUGAACGACACCAUGAUCGCGAGCAUAGAGACGGUGAUGAACGGGAUGACCGGUUAGACCUGUUGGAUUUCUUAGCUCAACAUGCUGACAUUCGUGGAUCCAUUAUGCAAACAAGGCACCGAACUUUCCUACACGGUAGCGCAAACGAGACGGAAGAGGCCCUAGAAAGGGAGGCAGAGCACACCAGAUGGUGGAAUAUGGUCGACGAAUAUCUCUCCAACGACGAGCAAGUGCAGAACAUAUCAAAGGCCCACCAGGUCACUCUUAUCGUUCUUCGCUUUGAAUCUAUUCUAGCACUUCACCGCUCCGUGCUGGCAAUUUCCAAAAAGGAUGCAGCUUAUAACGUGGCAUUACAAAGAUGCAUAUCCGCAUCGCGCUCCAUCGUCAACACUCUGCAUAAGGCUCUCCGGGGAUUCGGUGCAUUUGAUGGCUCCCCUGGCCAACAUGGUUACGAACGAACCCCAUUGCUUUGGCCUUCUUUCACAUGGGCGGUGUGGAUGAGCACGUUCGUAAUUCUUUCCGCUGCCUCAGAAGGCCAGGUCACUCGAGACAUUGCCAUACGACUUUCUGAUCGAAGCAUACAAAUUCUGAAGCACCUGGCAUUGAGGGGCACAAAAUGGCCAGAUGCUUGUAUAGUCGCAAUUCAAAAUCUCACAGCACGAUUGAGCAAGCCGUCAACUCGGAGCUCUACUGUUGUACCUGGAGCUGCCCCGGUAAACGACAGCCGACCAACUGGCGAAACUUCUUCAUUGCUUGGUAGUCGCCAAACAGCCCAUCAAGGGAAUGAUGUAUUAUCAGAACGACAGGACGUACCAACACAUCCAACGCAAAGCCAUCCGGCGAUGGGUAUGACGACAAACUCUCAACCGGCUCCAAGAAACGCCAAUUAUUCUCACACGGAAUUGAAUCCAACAAUGAUAAUGAGCAACCUAGGGCCAUUAAACUUUCCGAAUAGUGAUAUUGGCGAUGCUCUAGCUGCCAAUAACCCUACAUAUGACUAUCUUACAGACCCAGGUAACUUCCUUGGUAUCGCACACCAGGACUCAGAUAAUCCAUUGCCAAAUGAACAAAUCAUGCACCUAUUCAAUGGAGAAGACAUGAACUAUUGGUGGGACAGGGAUUUCGGUCCGCCAGGAAAUAUAGCAUAUCACAAUGGCGGUUUUCGAUAA